AUGGGGAAAAGGCAAGCUACUGGGCAGAUUACUAAAGAUGCCUUCUAUGAUGAUGAAGAUGAAGAACAACAAACUAAUGAAAGUACCAGCAAGCCAAUUCAAGCAAGCAGUGAAAUACUUUCAACCAGAAAGAUCUUGAAGCCACGAGGCAAGUUGGGCGAGAGUUCCAAUGGGUUUAAACCAGCAGCAAAACCAACCACUGCAUUCUCAUUUGCUCCAUCUACUCAAACCUCUACGCCAUUCACCUUUUCAGCACCAAAACCUGCAAAUACUAGUGCUGGUGCGGCUGGGUCUAUAUUUACCACUACAACAUCAUCAACACCAGCAGCAACAGCAACAACCUCUACAUCAUUGCCACAUGCUAGCGAACAAGACAACAAGCUUCGAGCUUUGAAUGAAAACUUUGUAAAGAAAGUCAAUGAAUGCAAUGCAGCUAACAAAGUUGCUAACUUAUCCGAUAUUGCUGAAAAGUAUAUCCAAUAUUAUAAACUGAUAGCCACCACCACAAGCACUACCACCAGUAACAGCACAAGCAGUACCACUACUAACAAUACCACGCAAUUUACAACUCAGCAACCUGCACCACCCAAGGUAGAACAACUAGAAGAGAAGCAAGACAAGAACGUGACCAAAAAGUCCAAGUCAACAACACCAGAUUCAGAGUCCGAGUCCGAGUCAGAUUUAGAAUCCGAUGAUGAUGCAACCACGAAAAAGGAAAUCAAGGUUCAAGGACCACUGUUUACCUUCAAUACUGGCGCUGGAGCCAAAUCUAGCUCACCAUUUACGUUUGACCCUAAAAAGAUCUCCAAAUUGAAUGAAAAAGAUCCCGAUGAUUCCGAUGACGACAUUGAGAUAAAAGGACCUACAUUUAAUUUCAAUAAGCCAAUCAAGGACAAUGUUUUCAAAUUUAAAUCUCAAAACGGUGAUAGUAAUAACAACACCGGUGCAAAUGCCAGUGCAAAUAAUGGAAAUAAUGGAAUUGGCUUUAGCUUUGGUGCCAACCAAAAAAAAACUGAACUGGAGUUUAAGUCGUCUGAGCAAAAAGGCGGUGUUGCCAAUGCUAACACUGCUACUGCUAAUGCUACUGCUAAUGCUACUCCUCAGAAUCCAUUCUCGUUCCUCAAGCCAAACACUGAAACCAAACAGGAACCUUUUAAGACUCAGUUGAAUGAAUCUAACGGCAAAUCGGAAGAACCCAAGGAAGUGAAGAAACCAGCGUUCAGUUUCACACCAACCGCGAACAAGGAAGACUCUGGUUCAGCAGCAACAAAACCAAGUGGGUUCCAGUUUGGUACUCCAGCAAGUACCACUGCUUCAAACACCUCUGCAUCAAACACUUCCGCACCAACAACUGCUUUCCAAUUUGGUGCAUCAAAUUCUCCAAGUACAGCAGCUUCUAAUACUAUACAAAACAAUAUUCCAAGCGCAUUUCCCACCUCUACUAAUGCCACCACGGGAUUCAAGUUUGGAAAUAGCACUACCUCUAGUUCUUUUCAACCAACAACAACAGCACCAUCAACGUCAACGUCAACAGCACCUACAGGCGCAUUCCAAUUUGGCAGUAAACCAUCUUUUGGAACACCAGCAACAUCGGCCUUAGCCUCAUUUUCAAAACCUGAAUCAGAGUCUCUGAAUUCCACAAGCGCUUUGGACUCUGGAAAACCAAAGCCAUUCCUGUUUGGAACUUCAAGUUUAGGCACAAGCUCAGAUUCCGCAGCAAAACCAAGCUUCCAAUUUGGAUCUUCAUCUGGAUUUGGGUCCAAUUCACAACCAUCGUCACAGCCAGCUCCUAUUUUCAAUUUUGGAAAGCCUGCAAAUGCAACUGCACCUGCACCUGCAACUACAGCUACAUCACAACAGCCGGCAUCGGAUUCGUCAAAAUCUACCCAAUCAAGCAAUUCUCCAUUUGUAUUUGGUGCCAAAACUUCUACUACCACAAGUGCCUUCCCACUGUUUAAUUUCACUGCUACGCAAUCAUCUCAAUUGGAGAAAAAUGAUAAUAACAAGACUGAAGGAGCAGAUGAAGAGGAUAAAGUAGAGGAAGAAGAAGUUGAAGGCAAUUUCAAGCCUGUUGCACAAUUGGGCGAGAAGCAAGAUGUCCAAUCUGGUGAAGAAAACGAAGAAGUUAAAUAUUCAGCUAGGACAAAGUUGAUGCUUUUGGAUACAAGCAACAAGACCAACCCCUAUAUCAAUAAAGGUAUUGGUGAACUACGUAUAUUGUACAACCCAGAAACAACCAAAUCAAGAAUUCUUAUUAGAGCAGAGGCAAGUCAAAGGGUUUUACUCAAUACACUUUUGUCCAAAGACAUUACCUAUGGGUCCAUGGGAAAUGGUUCCUUGAUCAGAGUCCCAGUGUUUGGUCCCGAAUCCAAGGUCGAGACAUAUGUCAUCAAACUAAAGACUGCAGCCGAUGGGCUGGAACUCCUCAAGGUCAUAAACGAAGUUAAAGCAUGA